AUGAAUGGUUAUGUUAUUCUCCAUCCUUGGAUGGGGUUUUUUGCCAUGUGUCCUUUUGGUGAUAAUUUUAAAGAUAAGGCCUCAAAAAUUUCCAACCUAUUCUCUCAGCCACUUCGUCGUUGGACAGAUGCAUCCAAAAUGCUAAAACGUCAUGAUGGCAAAGAGAGUGAUGGCAAAAUGAGUUUUCAUGGUUUGAAUGGUUUGCAUGCUUCUACUUUUCCAGUUUAUUCUGCCUUCAAAUCUAACAUGUCUGGUAAAACAAAAGGCAUUAAUGUUAUUAUUGAUUCUAAGGUUAAGAAAGAAGUUGAAGGUAACCGGGCUAAAUUAAGUUCAAUUACCGAUACGGUCUUAACAUGUGGUCGUUUGGGCUUAGCCUUUAGAGGUCAUCGUGAUGAUGGGCACUAUCAUCCUGAAACUGGUAAUUUUUCUGCAGGUGGUGUUGGGAAUUUUGUUGAACUUCUUAAUUUUAGAGUGCGUGCUGGGGACAAGGUGUUAGAGGACCAUCUGAAUUCAUGUGGUAGGAAUCAGACGUAUAUUUCUAAAACUUCCCAGAACAAGCUUAUUAAAUGCUGUGGUGAAGUAAUAACAGAUAAAAUCAUUUCUGACUUAAAAGCAAGCAGGUUCUACUCUGUAAUUGCUGAUGAGGCUCGAGACAUCUCAAAUACUGAACAGAUGUCUCUUGUUUUGCGUUUUAUCGACCAAAAUAUGGAUAUUAGGGAGGAGUUUGUUGGAUUUCUUCCUUGUAAAUGGGGCUUAAAAGGUGAGCAGCUUGCUAAGGUUGUUCUUGAUGCUUUAGGCAACCUUGGUCUUUCUAUUGCUGAUUGUAGAGGACAGAGAUAUGAUGGGGCAGGUGCUGUUGCUGGUCAUAUGCAUCGUUUGAAUGAUAAGGCUCUUUUUACCCAUUGCUACAGCCACAGAUUAAAUUUAGCGAUUUGUGAGUCUAUUAAUAUAAUGGAUGUAAAAUCGAUGCUCAAUAGAGUUAAAAAAGUUUCUGAUUUUUUUAAUAUUUCCCCUACACGACAAAUACCUUUAGAAAAGAAUAUUGACCUUCAUGGUUCUUUAUCAGCCGGUAGGAAAAAGAAAUUAAUAGAUGUGUGUCGAACUAGGUGGGUUGAGAGAAUCGACGGCUUAGAUACUUUCCAGCAGCUUCUUAUUCCUGUUUUUAAAACGUUGAGAGAAAUGAAGAAAAAUGUAGAUAAAGAUCACAGUCUCAAUGUUUCUUCUGAUGCCUCUGAACUUCUUGAUCUUUGGAAAAGAAUUCCAUUGAUAAGUAUCACGAUACAUGGUAUGAAGAGUCUCGCACUGGCUCGAGAAUUAGAUAUUGAUGAAGCAAAGCCAAGGACAGUGGGAAGACAGACAACACGAGCUAAUGUCCCCUAUAAAACUACAUCUGAGUACUAUAAAAGAAUUUUUUCUAUUCCACUUGUUGACCACCUAAACUCUGCGUUGAAAGCUCGUUUCAAUACUGAUAGCGUUAAUGUGUACAAUGGGCUUAGCAUUGUACCAUAUAAAAUGAUUUCUCUUCUUAACAAUGGCAUGAAUUGGAAAGAAAAAUUCAAAGUUGUUUCCAAUUUUUAUCACGAUGACCUACCUAAUCCAUUGGCUUUGGACUCAGAGAUUUUGCUUUGGAAAACUUAUUGGGUUGAUUACGAAGGAACCAUUCCAGACUCAGUUUCAGCAACUUUAAAAGCUUUAAAAUUUGAAGGCUUUGAAAACAUCAAAAUUAUUCUUCGUAUUCUUGGAACCCUUACUAUCACAUCUUGCAAAUGCGAACGCUCUUUCUCAGUUUUGCGCGAACUGAAAAAUUAUAAGCGAAGUACGAUGGUUUCAGAGCGUCUAAACGGUUUGGCCAUGAUGAGAGUUCAUCAAGAAAUUGUGCCCGAAACGUAA